CCGAGUCCUUCCUCACAUUUUCAAGUCAGAAAAUUAAAUUCAACCAUCACCAUGAUGAUGGCCAGUACUCCGCCGCCUGAACGAAGAGUGACAGUCAGACAUUCCCCAGAAGAUGAGAAAACUACUACUGGUAGCCAAGAUGAACAGGAAGAGGCGGCUUGGAUGAGUGUCUGGAAGUCGCCAUGGUGGAGGCUGGGAGCGUUGGUGCUGCUGUUCUUCUUGGGUUUGAUCAUUGUUGCGAGUAUCAAGCCCUUUGAUCGGCUCGUGACCUUUUUGCUUCCAGUGGAAACCACUGGUCUACACGACAAUAAUCAACAGUCUGUGAAUCACAAUUCCACUGUGAACUCGAGUUAUUCGAAGCAUUACUCCCAGCUAGCGCCGCCAGCUCCAUUCACCUUUCGACAGUGCUCGGACAAUGCGACACUCUGCUGUAAUGGACUAGAGAAUGCCUGUGAUUUGCGAAUCAACGAGGUCAUGUUAGCCACUGUACACAACGCCAUGGCAACAAAGGAAGACGGAUCCCUACUUGAACCCAACCAUUUUCUGUCCCUUGAGCGUGCAUUGGAAGCAGGCUAUCGAGGGCUUCACUUGGAGGUUUGCAAGUGCAAUGGCGUCUACGAGUUCUGCAAUGGCGUUUGCCAGCUGGGAUCACGAAAUCCCAUCGAAGUGUUCUUGAAUAUCGACCGAUUUCUCCGUGAUCAUCGUGAAGAAGUCAUUGUGCUACAUCUUCAAAUCAACAGCCAUGUGCAUCAAGAGGUCUCUCUCCAAGAGCUCUAUCAAGUUAUGCAGAAUGCCACACAGUUCAACCGCAACUUGUACAUUCAAAAGAGUAAUCGAGCUCGCUGGCCUACAUUACGGAAAAUGAUCGAGAUGGACAAGAGAGUACUUCUAUUCCAUUCAAACGGUCCAUCUUGUGAAGACGAAGAAUGCCCUUCCGGCAUGCACAACUGGAACGACCACGUUCUGGAAACUGAAAUGAUACGGGUGCGGAAGGGCGGGCUGGGUGAUCUGGGGACCACAUGCAACCUUGAGAUCCCAAGUCAAAAUGCAAAGGCUGGAAAGCGCAAGUUUCUCGAGCUGAGACACUACCUAUCCACACCUGACUACCAGGUUGCGGAAAGAAUGAACCAAUAUGCAUACAUCUCCCAGCGAGUUGAUUCAUGUUCGAUGGUCUCUAACAAAGACGUCAGCUUGUUGUCGGUGGACUACUGGAGCCUUGGCACCGAUGUCAUUGAGUUUGCAAUGAGACAAAACAAAGGAAGGGUUUCCAUUGCUCACUAGCUACUAGUAGCUUGUUUUCACGCACCGGUAGCACAGCAAACCAUCACUUAAUCUGACUGUAAAGGAAGGCACCCGGUUUGUAGCAGAGCACAAACUGCUGUUACGAUGUACUGUAGAACUAUAAUAGGCAAAGAGAGAUCACUACCAAUACCGGCCAGCUAGGAAGUCGUUUGUCUUCUCUAUAGUAUAGUACUAGUAAUGCUUAAUCUAGCAGCUCGCAAAUAAGGAGCGCAUCUGUUGU